AUACGAAGAAAAUAUUCAAUAUUUUAGUGGAUGAUAACUAAGGUAGAACAGUAUUAUGAUGUGAGGUCUUGUGGGAGUACCAGCCAUAGUCCACACUACUAGUUUACUUGAGAAUGCUUUAUUCUUAACAAGGUAUCUCACAAGAAGAAGCAAAAUGUAUAGACGAAAAUGUUCCGUCUCCUGGGCUUGGAUUGUGAGUUUUUUGUUGUUCAUGUAUCUGACAGGAGUUUACCAAUAUUUCAUAGCUUGGUCUUUUUCAAAGUAUUACACACAUUGGGGAACAUUUCACACUCUACAGCCACUAAUAGCACAAUUAAAGGCUGGAGAAGAUGUAGCUGUGAAACCUGUAAAUGAGUUUUAUUACUCCUACACAUAUUUGAAUGUUGAGAAAUGUGAAGCAAAGGAUUCCAUUCGCUUGAUGUAUGUCGUGAAGUCAGCUCUUCAAAAUUUUGACAAAAGAAUGGGAAUACGCAACUCUUGGGGAUUUGAAAGUCGCUUCUCAGAUGUGGAGAUCAGAACAGUCUUCUUGGUAGGCAUGAAACCAGAUGAACCUCAUUUACAAAAACUACUUGCCAAGGAAGUUGAGGAGCAUAAAGAUAUAAUACAAGCCAACUUCAGUGACUCAUAUUACAACAACACUCUAAAAACCAUGAUGGGCUUACAUUGGACAUACUGCUAUUGCCAAAAGGUAAAAUAUUUCCUUUUUGUGGAUGAUGAUUAUUAUGUGUCAACGAGAAAUAUGCUUCGCUUUCUAAGGGACCCUGCUAACUAUCCUAAUUAUCUUGAAAAUUAUGUUGUAUCAGCUGUUAAUGAGUACAAAGAAUAUUUGUAUGCUGGUUAUGUCUUUGAAAAUGCACAUCCCAUCAGGUGGGUGUUUAGCAAGUGGUACGUCUCACUCGACGAAUAUCCUUAUUCGGAGUGGCCUCCUUAUGUGACAGCUGGAGCCUAUGUUUUAUCACGGAAGAGUCUGGAAGACUUAUACUUCGGCAGCAUAUACACCAACAAGUUUCGUUUUGACGAUAUCUUCCUUGGAAUGGCGGCAAAAUAUGCAAGCAUCAAACCUUUUCACCAUAAAGAAUUUUAUUUCUACCGCAAACUGUAUGACAAGGAAGGAUACAAGUGGGUGAUAGCCUCUCAUGGCUUUGAUGAUCCAAAAGAGUUACAGGAGGUGUGGAGUGAACAGAGGUCUGCUGGAAAUGCAUAGAAGUUGUCUCAUACUGUAGUUCUUGCUCCUCAGUAUUUUUUUUUCUGAUAAAUUUGCCUAGAAAGCCUAACUCAAGAGUUGACUUUGUAUUUACGUAUAUUAACUUAUAAGUGAGUUUUCAUAACUUCAUGUACUGGGUAGCUAUUAAAGUUUACUAAAUAUUUCA